UGGAGCGGCGGAGCGGCGCAGGGGAGGGGGCCGUGGCGUGCUGGCUGUGCUGGCUCGAGGAGCUCGAGGAGCGAGGAGGAAGAACCCGGCCGGCCCCGGCAGUUGUCAAGGAGCUUCAGAAGGCUACGGAACGGAGCGGACGGCCUAGGCGCAGCGCAGUGCAGCCCAGUGCACCCAGUGCAUCGCGGUGCAAGGUCACGACCAAGGACAGUGCGACAGUGCCGCGAGUGUGUGACCAAGUGUGUGACAGUGCAACAGUGUGACAGUUAUGGCCAGUGCCUAGCGCCUGCGCCUCGCUCUUCUACUUCUUGGCUUCCUCCGCGCGUCCUGCACCCCGCCGUCGCCAUGGAGACGUGCGUGCUCAUCCCCCAGGAGUUCUCCCUGGUGCUGUCCUCGCCGCCGGGCUCCCCCCGGGACGACCGGCUGGACGCCCUGGACGGCGUGUACCUCAAGAACCACAACAACAACGACGUGCUCAAGGGCCACCGCGAGCCUGUGUCCGUGUGGACCAACGCCCGGAUCCCCCAGGGCACCGUCGUCUACCCCUUCCAGGGCACCGUCCGCCUGGACACCCUGGCCGUCUACUCCCAGCUGCACGACGCCGACGUGCGGCACAGGUUCGGCUGCUACGACGAGAUCACCGAGUCGAACCGCAGGAAGGUGCGCCACUGCAACUGGGUGCGCUUCCUGAGGACCGUGACCUCGUACACGCCCGAGGUCAACCUCAUCGGCACCAAAGUCAAGGGUGAGCCCGUCUACGAGGUGGUGCGGCCCGUCCCCGCGCACACCGAGCUGGUGGCGUUCCUGCUGCCGGAGACCUCCGAGGACCUGCUGCUGCUGCCGGCCGUGCACUUCCUCCGCAACACCCUGUACCGCCGCACCAUGGACGCCAUCCUGGAAGAGUCCCCGCUGGACCUGUCCAUGGCCCUGCUGUCUCGAUCCCACGGCGCGGUGCAGCCCGCCGGCUCACCCUCCAGCAGCGCGUCCGGCGGCGAGCACCCCGACGAGCACAAGUCCGUGUCGGGCGAGUCGCUGUCGUCGUGCCUGUCCACGUCCUCGGCGGCGUCCUCGGCGUCGUCCUCGUCCUCCGAGGACCUGCUGCUGCUGCCGGACAGCCUGGCCGCGGACGCCGCCACGCUCAUGCUGCCGGCCUCGGCGCGGCCGCCCCGCAUCACGGCGUCGCGGCCGCCGCGGCCCGACGCGGCGUCGUCGCCGACCAGCCUCGGCCUCAGCAUCGGCCGGCGGGGCAGCGGCACCCGGGUGGGCCGCGGCGAGCGGACGCUGCUGCCGUGCGAGGUGUGCGGCAAGAGCUUCGACCGGCCGUCCCUCCUCAAGAGGCACAUGCGAACCCACACUGGCGAGAAGCCGCACGUCUGCUCGGUGUGCUCCAAGGGGUUCUCCACGUCCUCGUCGCUCAACACCCACCGCCGCAUCCACUCGGGCGAGAAGCCGCACCAGUGCCCCGUGUGCGGCAAGAGGUUCACGGCGUCCUCCAACCUGUACUACCACCGCAUGACGCACGUCAAGGAGAAGCCCCACAAGUGCAGCCUGUGCUCCAAGUCGUUCCCCACGCCCGGCGACCUCAAGUCCCACCAGUUCGUGCACUCGGGCUCCUGGCCCUUCAAGUGCCACAUCUGCGCGCGCGGCUUCUCCAAGCUGACCAACCUCAAGAACCACCUGUUCCUGCACACAGGUGACAAGCCGCACGCCUGCGAGAUCUGCCACAAGAAGUUCGCCCUCGCCUGCAACCUGCGCGCGCACAUGAAGACCCACGAAGGUGAACCCCACGAGGAGUGCAGCCAGUGCGGCAAGGUGGUGCCCGCCGCGUCCGUGGCGCCCGGCGGCCGCCCCCUCUGCACGCCCUGCUCGCUCGGCGACUCGGCGCUCAGCCCCGCCAAGGACGCCCUCAACUCCGGGGGCGACUCCGGCAGCGAGGAGUCCUGCAGCGCCAGCAUGGAGUACCGCGACUAGGACGCCGACGACGCCGACGCCGGCACACCGCGAGGCCGCGAGCGGCGCCUUCGAGACUGACUCGACCCUUUCUGUGAUUCUUGUGUAUUAAUUUAUGUUGUUUUUGAGAAUAAGUAUUGUGUGCGUGUGUGAGUGUGUGUGUGCGCGCGCUUGCGCGUGUGUGCGUGUGUGUGUGUGAGAGAGAGAGAGAGAGAGAGAGAGAGAGAGAGAGAGAGAGAGAGAGAGAGAGAGAGAGAGAGAGAGAGAGGACGGAGACCAGCAGAUUCGCUGGAAUGUCUAUGUGAUCCCGCGCCAUGCAGAGGUCUUGGCGGUCCGCAGAAAAAAAUGGCCGUUCCCGAAAAGGCCUCAAGCUGCGCUGGAUUCCUGGAGGGGGUCCUGGGCCGAGCCGCAGAGGCCCGCCACGGCCGAGGGCCCAGGGCGACGAGGGCCCAGGGCGACGAGGGCCCAGGGCGACGGGCCCAGGGCUGCCCCGGCUGCUUCUCGUCACGUUUGCUCAAGAUUGUGUAAAGCGCGCUGCGCCAAGCUGCGCCUCCGUGUACAAAGGCAUUAACUCUAGGGGAGCUGGGCCUUGCUACGAUAUUGUGUUCAUUUCUUGUUUAAUUUCUUUCGCCAGACCUCCCCUGUCGCACUGAUGUACAGUAAGGACGCGAUUGUAGCUUUAGCGACGUUAGGUCUCUUUUGUACAGUUCAGCACCAAAAUCACGCCUCUGACUUACCCGCACAAAUUUCUUCCACCUCUAUUUAUUUCCAUGUGUGUAUUCGACUUUAUUAUAUAUUUUUGUAUGCCGAAGAUACCAGGGUCUGUGCUUUCGAAAGCAAUAUGUUGUUUGUUCAUUGUAUAGCGUCUAUUUUUUUAUUGUGGGGAGUGCGAAGGACCCUAGCAGAGAGGUCAAGCGCCGGCAAAAGUGUGUUACGAAAACGCCCCUUGUUCGUCAUGUAAAAACACAGUGACAAAUUGCUGGCCGAAUUUGUGCGUUCGCUCGCGUGUUCCGAACGCCAGUCCGGGCGCGGCGGGGUCGCAGUGGACGCGGUCGACGCGGUCCCAGUCCGCGGGGCGCCGCUACAGGUAGCUCGCCGUGAGGCCAGUGAGGCCCGGUGGCCGCGAGGCCCUAAAUCAAAACCCUCACAUAACAAAUUAAGUAGGAAAACAUGUAAAAUGAGUGGACCGGCCGGCAGGCUCGCUGUAACGAGUGAAAUAUGAUCUCAGAAACUAAUGUACCGAUUCGGCCGUCCGAAAAUGAGUCGGAACUGAAACAUUUACGCGUCCCCGCGGCGUGUGCGCGGAGCGCGCGCAUUCUUGGCAAGGGCGGCCAGCACUUUGUCACGGAUGGCUCUCUCUCUACUACUUCCAGAAUCUCAACAACUGUAACCCUCUAGUCACAGCCUAAGUAAAGUAAAUAUAUUGAAUCUUCUACAGAUAUAUAUUACUGUACAUACAUGAAUUGUAAAAUAAAUGUUGAUGUAAUC